AUGGCAGGCAUUGUUGACGAAAAAGCUGCUGCGGGUCGGCAGCACCGACAACAACCCCGCGAUGGCGAUAACAAGGACCCUACAACCUCAGCCGAUCUUCAACUACCAGACCUUACCCCUGGUGCUGAUGAGGGCGCUCCGCCUCCUUACGGAGAGAACCAUAAUCAAGUUCAUUUCUCACAGCCUGGAUUUGACGCUGGUGCAGAAGUAACAGGUGAUGGUCGAGUCAAUAUCAAUAUCAAUGCCAAGACCAGAAGACUUACAGAUCUUCUUGCGCCAACUCUACAAGACCAACUUCAGCCCGAGCCGGAACGGCCAGAUCUCCCCCCUGCAUAUAUCCCACCAAACCUUGGAGGCCGACCCGGACAGACCCCGCCACCGAGACUCAAUGUCGUGGUACAAAUCGUAGGAUCUCGCGGUGAUGUACAGCCGUUUGUUGCCCUAGGUAAGGUGCUGAAAGAGACAUAUGGACACAGAGUGCGAAUUGCCACACACCCUACUUUUCAAACCUUUGUUGAGGAAAAUGGCCUCGAGUUCUUCAGCAUCGGAGGUGACCCUGCCGAGUUGAUGGCUUUCAUGGUCAAGUACCCCGGUCUUAUGCCUGGCUUUGAUGCUAUCACAAGUGGUGAAGUUAGUAAGAGGAGAAAAGGAAUCCAAGAGAUUCUUAUGGGCUGCUGGCGGUCUUGUAUCGAAGGAGGCAAUGGCCUUGGUCCGCCUCCCAAACCACAUGCCUCAAACGCUCCACUGGAUAUCUCUUUAGCGGCGUCCGGGCAAGAGCCUUUUGUCGCCGAUGCUAUCAUCGCCAAUCCUCCCAGCUUUGCUCAUGUUCAUAUCGCUGAGAAGAUGGGCAUUCCAGUGCACAUGAUGUUUACCAUGCCCUGGUCACCUACAAGAGCCUUUCCCCAUCCUCUGGCCAACAUUCAGUCAUCAAACACCGAUGAUGUGAUGACUAACUACAUGUCAUAUACUCUGGUGGAAAUGAUGACAUGGCAGGGUCUAGGAGAUGUCAUCAACAGAUUCCGAGAGAAGGCGCUUGAUCUCCCACCACUCUCACUGAUCUGGGCACCGGGUCUACUCGCAAGGCUCAAAAUUUCCUGGACAUACUGCUGGUCUCCAGCAUUGAUCCCGAAGCCCAACGAUUGGGGAAGACACAUUGAUAUUGCUGGCUUUUACUUUCUCAACCUUGCUUCGUCAUACACGCCUGAUCCAGAACUGGCGGCGUUUCUUCGUGAUGGCCCGCCUCCGGUCUAUAUCGGCUUUGGCUCCAUUGUGGUCGAUGACCCCAAUGCCAUGACCGAGAUGAUAUUCGAGGCAGUUAAGCUCUCGGGCGUGAGAGCAUUGGUCUCCAAGGGAUGGGGUGGUCUUGGCGCUGACGAUCUUGGUAAACCAGAUGGUGUAUUCAUGCUGGGCAAUGUUCCCCAUGACUGGCUGUUUGAACACGUCUCCUGUGUAGUACAUCACGGUGGUGCUGGCACCACCGCUGCUGGUAUCAAGGCUGGAAAACCAACGCUGGUGGUUCCGUUCUUUGGUGACCAGCCAUUCUGGGGUGCCAUGAUAGCCAAAGCGAAUGCGGGCCCUGACCCAAUUCCAUACAAGCAACUGACCGCAGAGAAACUAGCUGAAGCUCUCAAGUUUUGCAUCAAACCCGAGACCUUGGAGCAGGCCAAGAUUCUGGGUCAGAAGAUUAGAGAAGAGAAAGGAACCGAUGUUGGUGGGAAAAGCUUCCACGAUCAUCUCGACGUCGACAAGUUGCGCUGCACUCUGGCACCAAGUCGAGCCGCUGCUUGGCGUGUAAGAAAAACCCAAGUAAGGUUGAGUGCUUUUGCAGCUGCGAUCUUGGUUGAACACGGCUUGCUUCAGUGGUCUGAUUUGAAGCUAUAUCGAAUGACGGAGUAUAACACGGAGGAACAACCGACGGACCCAAUUUCGGCUUGUGCCUUUUCGCUUGUUACUGAUAUAGGAGGCAUCGGAAUGGCAAUUGCCGACAUGCCCAGAGAGCUUUUCAAGAGCAUGUCGCAGCCCAAGAAGAAAGCCCCUACGCAAGAACAGGCAGGACAUAACACUGGAAACCUUCCAGCAUCGGAAAGUCAGACCUCGUUAGCCACGCUUCAUGGCACCGAGUCCGAGAAGAGAUCGGCAUCUAUGUCGAGCAACGCAGACACAGCAACUCCUAUGGCGCACUCUAAUACAUCUCAGAAUACGCUGAGUGACUCUGCAUCCAGCGUCUCUCGCCCUUGGUCUCCAGGGCAAUCAAGUGCUCAGGGUUCAGCAAAAGAGAAAUCUUGGAAAGAUCAAAUCAAACAGGCAGCGGUCAACCAAGCCCGAGGCGGGUCCCCGGUCAACUAUAUGGAUGCAGCUGUCGGAACUGGUAGGGGAGUUGGUCGUGUUGUGACCACGGGUGCCAGGACACCCAUGAAUUUCUGUCUUGGACUAGCCAGAGGGUUCAGAAACAUGCCCAAGCUCUACAACGACGACACUGUUCGCCCAGUUGAAAAGGUAACGGGAGUCGGUUCUGGAGUUGUUGUGGCAGGCAAGGAGUUUGGUUAUGGCGUCUUUGAUGGCAUAACUGGUCUUGUGACGCAACCCCUGAAAGGCGCUGAAAAGGACGGAGUUCAGGGUUUGGUUAAAGGGUUUGCUAAGGGUAUUGGUGGCGUGAUAACAAAACCCGCAGCUGGUUUCUGGGCCAUUCCUGCCUACACCAUGCAGGGAGUUAACGCUGAGGUCUCCAAGUACUUUUCCAAGAGCGUGCAGAACUACAUUAUCUCGUCACGAGCUGCCCAAGGCCAGCGUGAGAUGCAACAAGCAGCACAUGGUGAAAGGGACGAUGUUGUACAACGAUGGAACAGUUUCAAGUCUGACCUCAAGAACUUCCAACAGUUCAAAAAGAAGGAAAAGGUUGCAGGAAAACGCCCAGAAGAACCGCGCCAGAACAGCUCCGAGAUUGGACUCGAGCGCCCGCAAACAGGAUGGCAACAUACGAAGAACAUGUCUUUCGACGAGAGAAAGAAGCUACAUGCCGACAGGGAUGCAUGGAAGAAAGGGUUCGUGGAUCCUCCGACUCCACAAUCGAAGUCGAGUGAUGACUCAAGUUUACAAAUGAGCUCUUCUGAAGACUUGGAACUUGAGAGGGCCAUUCAGGCUUCCGUGCAAGAGACUUCGCGCGGCAACACCGAGGAAGAUGCUCAAGUGGAAGCAGCUAUCCGAGAGAGUAUCAAGGUUGUCCGUGAAAGGACGGGAACAGACGAGGCCGCACCUCUUCCUUUGAAGGAUCCCUCUAUUUUUGAGGAUGCCGAGUAUCAGAUCACCGACGAAGAGUAUCAGAAUUUGGUUGAGCAAGCGAUUCAGCAGAGUUUAAGUAAUGAUGCGCCAACGCCUCUGUACUCUGGUGCUUCAGAGCUCGACGCGACCCAAUCCCACCAACCUGCCGAUUCCACCAAUAACGAAGAUGACGAAGAGCUGCAACGUGCCAUUGAAGCUUCCAAGAAGCAAGCUCCUCCAGCACUGCCGCCGAGGCAGGAAAGCGAUGACGAUUAUGAGCGUGCGAUAGCAGCGUCGAAAGAAGCUAUGGAAAAUGAAAGCAGUCAACGAACAGAAGAGGAUAUCGUGCUGGAGUAUGUCAAAAAGCAGAGUUUGGCUGAAGAAGAAUAUAGGCAGAAGAUAGCCAAGGGUAAGGACACAGCAGGAGCGGGUACGGGAGACGAACACGAUGAGGAACUAAGGCGGGCGAUGGAAGAGAGUCUGAUGAUGAAUAAGGGUGAUGCAUCAGGUCCGUCAAGGAGUUGA